AUGUUUUCCAUAUUAGAACAAAAAAAUGAUAAAAAAUGGCCUAAGUACCAACAAGCCGUUUGCGUCCGGCACGCGUUCAAGUACUACGGCCCGACCAGGAAACCCAACCACGUGCUCAGCAGCCUGCACAUGACCGUCGCCAAAGGCACGGUGUACGGAUUGCUCGGGGCCAGCGGUUGUGGCAAGACCACGUUGCUCAGCUGCAUAGUAGGCCGACGGCGAUUGGACAAGGGACACGUCUACGUGCUAGGCGGCAAGCCCGGCAAAAAAGGCAGCGGCGUGCCCGGCAAACGGGUGGGAUACAUGCCUCAGGAGAUAGCCCUGUACGGGGAGUUCUCGAUCAGAGAGACGAUGAUGUAUUUCGGUUGGAUAUUCGGCAUGGAAACCGCGAAAAUCAUCGACAGGGCGCGGUUCCUGCUGGAGUUGCUGGAACUACCGGGCCAGUCAAGUCUGGUGAAGAACCUCAGCGGCGGACAGCAAAGGAGAGUGUCGUUCGCGGUGGCGCUCAUGCACGACCCUGAACUGUUGAUUCUGGACGAGCCCACCGUCGGCGUCGACCCCUUACUCCGGCACAGCAUUUGGAAUCAUCUGGUCCACAUCACAACCGAGACCGGCACGACGGUGAUCAUCACGACGCACUAUAUCGAAGAAGCCAGACAAGCUCACAAGAUCGGGUUGAUGAGAAACGGAAGACUGUUGGCCGAAGAGUCCCCCGCCGUGCUGUUGACUAGGUACGACUGCCAGUCGCUGGAAGAGGUUUUCUUGAAACUGAGCAGAAAACAACGUUCGGACGACACUACGGCUGACACUUCCAAUAACAUUUCACUGGCGACAACGAAAACAAGUGACCUGGCCAAAGCCAGCAAAACCGCCGAAGAGGAGACCGACUCGCCGGAGCCACCCGAUAGCGUUGCAACCGAAGACGUUGUCAUAUCAAUCCAGCCGAACAGUGACGGCGGUACGGCCGCACAAGUGCUGAAGAUAAAGCCGGAAGAGCGGCGCCGAGAUUCCUGUUGCUGUGGCAUCACUUCGUGGGGCAAAACGAAAGCUCUGUUGCAGAAGAACUUCUUGAGAAUAUGGAGAAACGUCGGGAUGAUGUUGUUCAUGUUCGCGCUGCCCGUCAUUGAGGUGGUGCUGUUUUGUUGGGCCAUCGGCAGAGACCCGAAAGACUUGCACCUGGCCGUGGCCAACUCGGAAAUGGACUGGCGGACCAAAGAAUGUCCGGUCUACACCAAUUGUACGCAGAGCAAGUUGUCUUGCAAAUACUUAGACGCGUUGCCGAAGGACACGUUGAUAUUGGACUACUACGAGAACGUCGGGGCAGCGUUGGACGCGGUCAGACGGGGCCACACUUGGGGAGCCGUGCACUUUGCAGCAGACUUUUCGGAUUCGCUGUUUGCGCGCACGCAUUUGGGCGGAACGGCCGACAACGCGACGAUGGAACACGGCGAAGUGCAAGUGUGGCUGGACAUGUCCAACCAACAGAUAGGGUUGAUGUUGGUUAGGUAUUUGCAAACGGCGUACGGCGACUUCAAACGGGACCUGCUCGUGAGGUGCGGUCGAAAUCCCAAACUCGGCGACUUGCCCGUCACCUUCAACGAACCCGUCUACGGGAAUUCCAACCCCACCUUCGAGAACUUUGUCGCGCCCGGAGUGAUCUUGACCAUCGUGUUCUUCUUGGCCGUGGCGCACACCACGUCGUCGUUGAUUACAGAGCAGACGGAAGGUCUGCUGGACAGGAGUUGGGUGGCCGGCGUCACUACGACCGAGCUGCUGUUCUCGCACGUGAUCACCCAACUCUUGAUCAUAUGCGGGCAGGCGGCGUUGACGUUGGUCUUCAUGCUGGUCGUGUUCCGGGUGGAAUGCAAAGGACGCACCGGUCUGGUGAUCGUGCUGACCCUCAUGCAGGGCCUGUGCGGCAUGUGCUACGGCUUCGUCGUGUCCGCGGUGUGCGACCGCGAACGCGAUGCCAACCAAUUGGCCAUGGGCAGUUUCUACCCGAUGCUUUUGCUCAGCGGAGUCAUCUGGCCGGUGGAAGGCAUGCCGAAAGUCUUGUGGUACGUCAGCUACUGUUUGCCCCUGACCACGGCCACGACGUCGUUGCGCAGCAUACUGUCCAGGGGUUGGGGCCUGCUGGACGACGGCGUUUACCUGGGCUUCGUGUCCACCGCGUUGUGGAUACUGCUGUUCUUGUCCCUGAGCAUGGCGAUAUUCAAGUAUAAGAACGGUUGA